AUGCAUCACCAAUGUCUGGACGUGCCCAAACAUGGAGGCCCCGCCUACCCAUUGGACGCUUACGGACACGGAUACUUCGAGAAGAUUCUGACAAUUGUUGAAAAUGGUCAGCUCUCUCAGUUGGAUCAAGGUUUUGAAAGCGGCGUCUACGUGAAAGACGAAGGACCUUACGAGCACCCCGAGCUCAAGGUCAUGGGCAUACACAACGUCCUCACCACCCCCUCCAUGAUAGAGCUGGACUCUAUCAACAGACUACGAGAAGUGAAGUCCUGGGAGGAACUAGACAGAAUCCGCGAAUCCAUCUCGCCUGCUUCAUUACCGCAGUCCUCUCACACGAGCAAGCACACGGGCAAGCACGCAAGCGAGAAGUCAAAGUGGGGACCAGGACAUGUCCUGUCUAAACUUGGCAUCAGCAACAAAGGUUUAGAUCUCGCAGACGAGCCUGGGAAUACCAUAGGUCUGGAACACAUGGAAAGGACAGCUUUGUAAACUUAAUCAUGUUAAAAUUUAAGCUGGUUAAAUUUUCCUGUAAAUUUUUAACUGUAUACAAUUUUGAAGAUCUCAAUUUUUAUUUACGGUUUUAUACUUUUAGAAAUUACAAUGCUAAUUUUAACAAGGGCUAAGUUUUAUUUUUUAGAUUAAAAUAUUUACAUUUUACUGUUAUUUCGGUAUACAUGCUGAAAUUAUCUUGAACAUUUGUUGUGUUGAAGAAUUUUUUUAACUUGACUCUCAAAUUCUUAUAACCAGGUGACUACAAUGCAAUUUAUA